CUCCAAGGGAAACGGCCCCUACAAUGUGGCCCGCGACAAAAAUGAGUUUGACACCCCUGGUGGAAUCAUUAUUUUCUGUGAAAAAAUAUCAUCCUGUAGUUGGAUUUCACAGCCAGACUUCCAUUAUUACUUUUGCUUUUGAUAACCGAGUAAAUUGAGUCGCAAGUGUUGUGUUGUGUGCAUUCUCUAAGUGCGCUGUACAAAUAAUGAGUCAUCACAUACCAAGUCAGGUAUGUGGUUUGUCAACACAGAAACAGGCUUUGACACAUUUGAAUCAGAACAGAAACAAGGCACUUAUAUAUAUGAAUAUGGAAUUUUUUUUUAAAGAUGAUGUGACAAAAAAAGUUGUGCAACCCGAGGACAGACACUUUGUUGAUGUGUCAGUCUACUUCCAAUGCCCAGUGUAGGAGAACCUAUGUACCAAUUAGCCCGUCAAAAAGCACUAAUGUCCAACACAACCUUCACCUCCAAUGCCUCGGGGCAACAACAUUUUUGUCCCCUGCUGCAGCUCAUGCAUGAGCAUUCCCUAAACAACCACACCAAGACCAACUGGAUAGUCGUUUGCUUCCACGGCCUGCUCUCCUGUUUCGGGAUUUUGGAGAACGCCCUGAUCCUUUGGGUCGUGGGAUUCCGUCUGCAGCGUCGUACCGUGGCCUCCGUCUGGGUGCUCAAUCUGGCGAUGUCUGACUUCCUGGCCACUCUGACACUUCCUCUCUUCACGCUCUACCUUGCCUCCUCCCACAGUUGGGAGCUCGGCAAUAUCCUCUGCAAAAUACAAGCGUCCAUCUUUUUCUUGAACAUGUUUGUGUCUGCCUUCCUACUGGCAGCCAUUUCACUGGACCGCUGCAUUCUGGUCACCAAACCGGUGUGGUGCCAGAAUCAUCGAUCCGUGGCAAGAGCGUGGAAGGUGUGUUUACUGGCUUGGCUGUGGGCAGCAAUGAAUACAUUUCCUUACUUCCUGUUUCGCUCAGUGACUGAGACCAGGGAUAAAAGGAAACUGUGCUACCAUAAUUUUGCCCUGCAUCAAUCAUCGGAAGGCACACUCGAGAGAGACUGUGAAGUGAGGCAAACAGCCACAGCUGUCUCGAAGCUGUUGCUGGCAUUCCUGAUUCCCCUCAUGGUGAUUGCGGGAAGCUACAUCCAAAUUAGUGUCAGCCUGAGGAACAGGAGUCGAAAGAGGAUGCGGCAGAGCAUCAAGUUAAAUGGCACAUUAAUUGGAUCAAAUCAUGAUGAGGCAUCAAGAGCUCCAAGUACGACUAAUAUCUCUCUAAAGUCUCUUGCUUUUGGCCGCUCGCUGUCCCUGACAGCUGCACCCUUGUCCCCAACCAACUCAUUCAGUCUCAACAAUCACAACCAGCUUUCCCAGAGCUUCACCAAGAUGGUGACAUUUGUGAUUGCGGUGUUUGUCUUAUGCUGGGCUCCUUAUCACAUCUUCUGCAUGAUUGAGGUGUCCGCCCUGUACUAUCGGGAAAACCUCAAAGUGGUGGAGGUGGGACUGCAUCUCGCCACGACAUUUGCAUUCUUAAAUCCAGUGUUGAAUCCCAUUCUGUACGCCUUUAGCUGCCCACAUUUUUGCGAGAGGAUAAGACAAAGCUUGGGAGUUGUCUUUGAUGGACUCGUAGAGGAGGGAGGAGGAAAACGAUUGGCUCCGGCAUUCAGUACACGAGCUAAUAAGAGGCCCAAAAGGAGUCGCGGUCGCUGCUUUGCUUCAUCUGGGUCACCGGAGACUCCACAAUCCCCUCAGACGUUGCCUGGCCCCUCAGCAUUCUUUCCUGCUACCGACGAUUAAUAGGGCCUCAAGGAUGUCCACAAAGCAUUCAGACUGUGAAUCAAACAAUGAAACUUACCGUACUUGAUGUCUGGUUUGGUGAAAGACUUUCGUCGUCUGUUUUAUGAAUGAUCGUCAUCCAUGUUGACACAUCUGUUUUGCAUGUACAGCAUAAAUAAUAAACAUGGGUAACACAUGAGUAUUCAAA